GCGAUGUUUUGUACGUGUGUUGGUAGAUGACUCAGACUCAAACUUGCACAGAAGUUGGCAAUCUCACUGUCAAAGAUCACGGUGCUUGCAUCGAUCGUUCAGGGUCAAGGAUCACGUAUCAGAAGAAUCAAAAGAGUUGCACAUACUUCGCACGCUUCCUUUGACUACCUCUGAUGUUGCGGGCCCAUGUGAUGCUGGCCCCUCGCGCGGCACCUGGAGCGGCCCUUCUUCCCCGAGGCCCGAGACCGUCGCCCCGGAGGCGGCGGGCCGACUUGGUGCCACGUGGGGCCGACGGCGGUGAGCGCCGUGGCGCGCGGUAUGGCUUAGCGGACCUGGUGGCACUGUCCGUGGCCUCCACCGUGGGCUCCGGCGUCUUCUCCUUGGCCGGUCGGGUGGCCUCGCAGGAAGCGGGGCCCGCGGUGGUGCUCUCGUUGGGCAUUGGAGCGAUGGGAUGUUUACUGAGUGCGACGGCCUAUGCCGAGCUGGCAAGCCGUGUGGUGGCGGCUGGGUCGGUGUACGCCUACGCCCAGGCCACUGGGCUGGGCCGAUCUGCGAUGGCCGUGGCAGCACUGUGCCUCAUUGUGGAAUACUCCUGGAGCUGUGCUGCCGUUUCAGUCGACUGGUCUGGAAAGCUCUUGCGUGCUGACUUCGGCCUUCCCUUUCUACAGGUUUUGGACCCUGCGGUGCUUUUAGUGCUGUUCUGCACCGGUUUGCUGAUCAAUGGCACCAAGGCCUCGAGGCUCUUCACCAACGUGAGCACAGUGGCGAAGGUGGGCUUGAUCCUCUUCUUGAUCGCCACUGCACUGAUGGCCUUCGAUGCCAAGAACUUACAACCCUUCAUCCCAGAGGAGUACGGCAUCUCUGGAAUUCUACGUGGUGCUAUUGACUCUUUCUUUGGUUUUCUGGGCUUUGAUGCUGUUUGUGCUCUUGCACUUGACACCAAGGAUGCCCGGCGAGUUGUGCCCAAUGCUCUCUUCUUGGGCCUCUUUGUCUCAGGGGGUCUUACAUGCCUUGCAGGCUUUGCCUUGGUCUCGGCAGUGCCCGCCUCGCGCUUGGAUCCUGCAGCGGGCUUUGUCUCCGCCUUUGAGAUCUUGGGCAAUGACUUUGCAGCUGCAGUGGUGACCGUGGGAGAGUUGUUGGUGCUCCCAGUGGUCGCGUUUGGCUGUUUGUUGCCGCUUGGGCGACUGCUUUGCUGCUUGGCGGAGGAUGGAUUCUUACCAGCUCCACUGGCACGACGCGAUGCCAGCGACGAGCCGCUCCUUGCGACGCUGCUGGGCGGCGCGGCGACGGCCAUCUGUGCUGGCUUGGUGCCCUUCGAGGAUUUGAAUGACAUUUGCAGUGCGGCAGUGCUGAGUUGUUUUAUUUUGGCAUCAGUGUCAGCAGUCGUGUCACGACAAGAAGGUGCUUUGCAAGAGCAGCUGCGUGGGUUGCUGGCCGUCUUCGUCCCCUGCACCUUCUUCUGCCUCCUCCUGCUGUCGCCUCGCUGGACCACUGACACAGCCCUGGCACCGAUGCUGGUCCGACAGCUGGGAGGCGGUGUGGGCGGGAGGCGUAGGCGUUCGGAUCAAAGCGCCUGAGAGAGCUUUGGACACCUUGCUGGCCAGUCGCUGGGGACACUCUUUUCGAUGUAUGCUGACCAGUCGCUGGGGAAACCGAUUCUGCGGUUUUGGUUCUGUGUUUGAAGAGUUGGUGUCGGCUUGUGAUCAAAGGUGAACCGACAGCAUUGCUUGAGUUGAUUGCGCUGCUCCUCGCCUCCGCGGCAGUCUCUUGCGCCGUAAAAGUUCAGGAACUUGCACAGGCGCCUUCCAGUGGCUUGGCCUUUCCUCCAGCCGUGCACUUGGCCGCAGUCGUUGGCUCCGCAGCCCUGCUGACCACCCUUCCAGCCUUCAGCCUCGUCUCCUGUUCUGCGGCCCUGGUGGCUGUUUGGGUCGCCUCAACCUGACGACCGAAGCCCGUCCCAGCAACGAUUUGGCCCCGGCGAACGCGUGGAAAUGGCAGAGAUGGUGACCAGUACCGUGACGAAUCCGACGAGAAGAAGACUCCGAAAGUCGGCUGUCGGUGUCGGGUCCGGGCGUGGCACUCGGACACCCCUCACUGGUGUUGGAUGGAGGCCCUCGACCGGCUUGGAAGCCGGGGUGGAGCCGUUCGGCGCUGGGACCGACCCACAACACCUGGGCAUAAAGAAAUGCAGCCAGGCGGCUGGAAGCAACACCUGGGCUGUUGUCUUGGCUUUGGAGACACACAAAGAAUUGGUGUAUCCACCGACGCACCAGAGUUGGGGGAGCUCCGAGCUCUCUGCGAGUGCUAGGAAG